CGGGUGCUGCGGCGUGGAUAAGAGCCGCACCGCGCCUGCGCGCCCAGCCCCACUGCUUCGACCUCUGCCGCCGCUGUCGCCGCCGCCGCCGCCGCCUCGGGAGGUAAGCGGAGAGAGGGAGCGGGAGAGGAGCCCACGUCGCCUGUCACCCACAUCCACGCCGCGCCGCCGGGAAGAAAGAUGUUCGCCUGCGCCAAGCUCGUCCGCACCCCCGCUCUGAUCCGAGCUGGAUCCAGAGUUGCAUAUAGACCAAUUUCUGCAGCAGUGUUAUCUCGACCGGAGGCUAGGACUGGAGAGGGCUCUACGGUAUUUAAUGGGGCCCAGAAUGGUGCGUGUCAGCUGAUCCGAAGGGAGUUUCAGACCAGUGUAAUCAGCAGAGACAUUGAUACUGCUGCCAAAUUCAUUGGUGCAGGUGCUGCAACAGUAGGAGUUGCGGGUUCUGGUGCUGGUAUUGGAACAGUCUUUGGCAGCCUUAUCAUUGGUUAUGCCAGAAAUCCUUCACUGAAGCAGCAGCUGUUCUCAUAUGCUAUCCUGGGAUUUGCCUUGUCUGAAGCUAUGGGACUCUUUUGUUUGAUGGUUGCUUUCUUGAUCUUGUUUGCCAUGUAACAGAAAUUACUGCCUGAAAUGUUGGCAUUCAUAGUAAUUACGGAUGUAAUUCUGUGUAUCUUACUGUGACCCCAAAAGCUGUAGUGCUGGCGUCAUGGAAAUGUACCCUGUUUCCAAAGUCAUUUCAUUAAAGACGAAAACUUUAA